CUUCCUCUUCACUCCACAGCGACAGCAGCACUCACCAGCACACCACAACACACCACCGCUGUCCCUGGCACACAAACACACACACAUUUACACACACACACACACACACACACAUGCACAUUCACACUCAAACACUCACACAUACACACAUACUGAGCGGCAUCCUCAACACAGACUGAGACGCCCUUGGACUGCUGCAGGCGAGGAUGAGGCUGUGGUCGUGGGAACAGUGCGGGGAGACGGGCGUGGUUCUGCUGGGCUUCCUGACGCUGGCGGUGUCUGUGGGGAACCUGUCCACCAGGGGCCUGCAGGUGCACAACACACAGGAGGAUGGCGUGGCGUCCAACAGUCUGGAGGAGGAGCUGGAGGUGACCACGUACUGGUGGGGGGAGUGGGCCAAGUGGACAGCCUGCACUCGUGCCUGUGGAGGGGGAGUGAUGUCACAGGAGAGACACUGCCUCAAACAGCGAAUGAAAGUUGCUGCAGGGAAAGACAACAUGACCUGCACAGGAACUGCUAAGAAAUAUCAUCUCUGCAACACUAAAGAAUGUCCUGCCACUGGGAGGAGUUUCAGAGAGGAGCAGUGCUGGUCCUUCAACUCACAGCUUUACAAUGGAAGGAACUACCAGUGGAAACCUCUGUAUCCUGACGACUACGUUCACAUCUCCAGUAACCCCUGCGACCUCCACUGUACCACAACCGAUGGCCAGAGGCAGCUGAUGGUGAUGGCACGAGACGGCACUUCCUGCAAGUACAGCAGUUACCGUGGCGUCUGUGUGGACGGUAAGUGUGAGCCAAUCGGAUGUGACGGAGUACUGUUUUCCUCGAACACCUUGGAUAAGUGUGGAGUGUGUCAGGGGGACGGCAGCAGCUGCAGCAGAGUCACCGGAAACUUCCGCCGUGGGGCCACAACCCUGGGCUACUCUUUUAUCACUCAAAUCCCUGAAGGAUCAUGGGACAUCCAGAUCAUUGAGAGGAAGAAGUCGGCCGAUGUUCUAGCUGUGACCGACCAGGCGGGCAACUUCUUCUUUAAUGGCGCCUACAAGGUGGACACUCCGCAGAACUUUCACGCAGCAGGUGCCGUCUUCAAGUACCGCCGGCCCAUGGAUGUUUAUGAGACAGGGAUCGAGUACAUUGUCGCCAAAGGCCCCAUCGACCAAGCCAUCAAUAUUCUGGUGUGGAACCAGAACGGUCGCACACCGUACAUCACAUACGAAUACACCGUCCUCCGAGACUCCCUGCCACCCGUCCCACCUCCUCCCGUCUACACCGGGUCAGACACCUCAGCCGGAGAGGUUUCUGUGGAGGUAGGGGGGCCGAUGGCCCCUAACAGCAGUACUUUUGACCAGGCGGCCCCUGAGAGCCAGUUGGAACCGGGAGAUGCUGACGGCCAGAAAGGCCAAGAGACCAACGAGGUGUACGAGGAGACAGCGGCCAUCGACUGCGACCAGGACGGAGCAGGUGCCCCCAAAUUUUCAGAAGGAAACAGCAGCCAUGCAGGCAGCACUGCCAACCCUGCCUCUGCUGGUGGGCCCUUGGAUACAGGACCAGACUCCCCAAAUCUCAUUUGGAGGGUCCUGCUGGAUGGCCGAAUUGGCCCCGAUGAGCUGCUCAUCAACAUCUCAACCAAUCAGCUGCUGACAGAGGGAGACAGUUUGUUCCCGUCAGAGGUGGGACCAGCAGAGGCGGACCUGAGCAGCCUGGAGCAAGACGGGCUGAUGGGUAUCAACGAGACAAUGGAGUUUACUCUGGGUCGCAAACGCAACGACAGUGGAGACAGUUCUUUCCAGAACAAAACAGUGCAGAGCGCUGGGAGGACCUCCAGCCGCUCCAACAGAACCAGAGGGAAUCAAAGGAUCUACCAGAAGAACCUGAAGCUUAGUGCAGCUGACAUGUACCGCUGGAAACUUUCCUCUCAGGAGCCAUGCAGCAUGACUUGCUCUAUAGGGGUAUCAAAGUCCUUCGUCACAUGUAUUCGUUACGACGGCGUUGAGGUGCACGAUAUGUACUGUGAUGCUCUGACCAGACCGGAGCCGGUCCAUGACUUCUGUAUUGGGAGAGAAUGUCAGCCCAGAUGGGAGGCGAGCAGCUGGAGCGAAUGCUCCAGAACCUGCGGGGAGGGUUUCCAGUUUCGCCAAGUUCGCUGCUGGAAGAUGCUCUCGCCGGGCCUGGACAGCUCGGUCUACAGCGACAUCUGCUCCAUGGCCGACCUGGAGAGACCCGUUGAGAGAAGACCCUGCAAGAGCCCCGCCUGCGGCCCACAGUGGGAGGUAGCAGAGUGGGCCGAGUGUCCUGCUAAAUGUGGAAGCAAAGCCCAGGUGACCCGCGAUGUCCGCUGCUCUGAUGAGACCCGACCCUGUGACCAGAUGACCAAACCACCAAACCUCAAAAACUGCACCGGUCCGCCCUGCGAACGCCAGUGGACUGUGUCAGAGUGGGGGCCUUGCUCGGGGUCGUGCGGCCAGGGGAAGACGGUCCGUCACGUGUACUGUAAGGCUGCGGAGGGUCGCGUGGUUCCUGAGAACCAGUGCUCUACGGAAGACAAGCCGCUGGCCAUCCAUCCCUGUGGGGAGAGAGACUGUGCUCCACACUGGCUGAGCCAAGACUGGGAGAGGUGUAACACAACUUGCGGGCGUGGUGUGAAGCGAAGGCUCGUCCUGUGUGUGGGCAUCAGUGGUGGACAGUUCCAGACCUUCGAUGAUGAGGAGUGUGGAGGCAGCGAGAAGCCAGAGGAGGAAAACACCUGCUUUGAGAGGCCGUGCUUCAAAUGGUACACCACCCCCUGGUCUGAGUGCACUAAGACGUGUGGUGUGGGUGUGAGGAUGAGGGACGUCAAGUGUUACCAGAGCAGGGAGCUGGUGCGAGGCUGUGACCCCCUCACCAAACCAGUGGCCAAACAGACCUGCACUCUGCAGCCCUGCCCCACUGAGCCACCAGAUGAGAGCUGCCAGGAUCAUCCCUCCACCAACUGCCUGCUGGCGCUGAAGGUGAAUCUGUGCAGCCACUGGUACUACAGCAAGGCCUGCUGCCACUCCUGCCGCGCCCUACGGCCCCCAACCUCCUAGUCCAGGACAACACCGCCUCUCCCCAACUCAAACUCCGGCAUGAGGAAACAAAUGGGUACGUUUUUGUACACGUGGUACUGCAGUUACUGUGAAUAAUAGGAGGAAAGUCCAGAGCUUCCUCCAAUUACUUGGAUUUACAUGGGUUCAUUUGUCAGUUGGGUAGUUUAAAGGUCCCAUGGCAUGCUGCUUUGUAUAGGCCUCAGUGGUCCCCUAAUACUGUAUCUGAAGUCUCAAAAAUGCAGCCUUGGUGCAGAAAUACAGCCACUAGAGCCAGUCCCACAAUGAGUUUCCCUUCUGUGCCAUUUCUGAGUCUGUAGCUUUUG